AUGCAUCUCUAUACUUAUGCAUCUAUCUAUCUAUCUAUAUCUAUCUAUCUAUCUAUCUAUCUAUCUAUCUAUCUAUCUAUCUAUCUAUCAUUCACAGACAUAGAUAGAGAAAUAAUUUAUAAAGUUUAUUAUUUAAUUUUUCAUAAUUCUUUCAUUCAUAGAUAUUUUCCUUUCAUAAGUUAUAUUGUUUCAUUCAUUCUCUUUUUUUCAUUCAUAUUUCUUUCGUCUAUUAUUGCUUCUUAUCUUGGUUCUUCACCACGCUUUAAUCACUUUUCCUUUGUUCUUUCUUUCCUCAUUUUUAUUUCGUGUCCUCUUUUCUUUCUUUUUCUUUUUUUCAUUCAUAGAUUCUUUUUUAUUUUAUUUUUUAUUCAUAAUUUAUCUUUUAUUUCUUUCAUUCCGAUAAUCAUCUUCCUCAUGUUUAUUCUCUUUUUCUUUCGUUCAUUUUUUCAUUCGAUUAUUCAGUCUUUCUUUAUUUCUUUCUUUGUCAUGCGUUUUUUUCAUUGUUCUUUCUUUCAUUCUUUCUUUUGUUUUUCAUUGUCCUUUCUUCAUUCUUUUUCAUUCUUUCGUUUAUUCUUUGUUUCCUUUCUUUCUUUUGUAGAUUGUUUUUUCUUUCUUUCCUUUCUUUUUUUUUUUUUUUUUUGCUUCCUUUACCUGACCAUCAUUUCUUUCUUUCUUUCUUAG